CAUUGACAUUGACGGAACGAUGACAGUAUGACAGUUUUCUACUUUUUUCAACAUGACUUCGCUUACACUUAUAAACCGGGCAACUUGCAUAUUUAACACAUUAAUAAAAUUGCCGGCAACGAAACAGCUUGUACCAUUUUUUCCUGCUUAUCAUCAACAUUAUUCAGUGAGUUCCAAACAAGUUUCUGCAAAAAUGGCAACGGAAAAAACAUUGCCUGAAAUUUUUAAAUACGUAGAUCAGAAUAAAGAUUCUUAUAAGCAAUUAUUAAAAGAAGCAGUAGCCAUUCCAUCCGUUUCAUGUGAUGUGAAAUAUCGUGCGGAUUGCAUCCGUAUGGUUCACUGGAUGCAAGACAAAUUGAAGGAAGUCGGAGCCACUACAGAGUUAAGGGAUGUUGGCUUUCAAACAAUAGAUGGCAAAGACGUUCAACUGCCGCCAGUUUUAGUAGGCGUAUUGGGUAAUGAUCCAAAAAAAAAUACAGUUUGUAUCUAUGGUCAUUUGGAUGUACAACCUGCAUUGAAAUCUGAUGGAUGGGAGACUGAACCUUUUGAACUAGUUGAGCGCAAUGAAAAAUUAUAUGGAAGAGGUUCUACUGAUGAUAAAGGUCCUGUACUUGGUUGGCUGCAUACCAUCAAUGCCUAUAAGGGCACUGGUGCUGAGCUGCCUGUCAAUUUGAAGUUCAUUUUCGAAUGUAUGGAGGAAUCUGGUUCCGAAGGGCUUGACAGCUUAUUAAUGGACAAAUUGAAACCUGAGGGAUUCUUUGAUAGUGUAGACUAUGUAUGUAUAUCCGAUAACUAUUGGUUGGGAACCACGAAGCCAUGUAUCACUUAUGGUUUACGCGGAAUCAGCUACUAUUUCCUAGAAGUGGAAUGUGCAAAAAUGGAUCUUCACAGUGGAGUCUAUGGUGGCACAGUUCAUGAAGCCAUGUCUGAUUUAAUCUACUUGAUGAAUACACUCGUGGACAAAGAUGGGAAGAUAUUGGUGACUGACAUAUAUAAAUCGGUAGCUCCACUCACUGAAACCGAAACCAAGCUGUACACGACUAUCGACUUUGAUCCGGAAGCAUACAGAAAGACAAUUGGAGCAUACAAACUUGCGCACAAUGGCGUAAAAGAACAGUUGCUGAUGCAUCGUUGGAGAUAUCCCAGCCUAUCUCUACACGGGAUUGAAGGUGCCGCGUUCCAGCCUGGAGCAAAAACGGUGGUUCCUGGAAAAGUGAUUGGAAAAUUUUCAGUCAGGCUUGUUCCGAAUCAAGAGCCGGAGGAAGUUGAGAAAUUAGUCUUUGAUUACAUCAACAAGAAGUGGGCGGAGCGCGGGUCCCCGAACAAGAUGAGCAUCACGGCACAGAGCGGGCGCGCCUGGACCGAGAACCCGGACCAUCCGCACUACCAGGCCGCUGCCCGCGCCACUAAGCUGAUAUAUCAGACCGAUCCGGACAUGUCCCGCGAAGGAGGUUCGAUCCCCGUCACGAUCACUCUGCAGGAGGCGAGCGGCAAGAACGUGUUGCUGUUGCCCAUGGGCGCCGGAGAUGACAUGGCGCACUCUCAAAACGAGAAGAUUAACGUUCGCAACUACAUCGAAGGCGUAAGCUGAACAUUAUCUAUUUAAACAUUGCUUUACAAUAAGGAGGUUAUAUACACAUACGAACUUGUGAUUUUGACGAAUGUUUUUACUAAUUACAGAUAAAACUGUUUGCCGCCUACUUGUUCGAGGUCGGUAAACUCCCCAAGUAAACACCGGCGCCGAGGAUGCUACACGUAGAAACUAUAUGAAAUUGUCGUUUUUAGUUUUAGUAAUCUCUCCGAAACUCUUUAUUUUAUGAAAACGCUCGUAGCCUGGCGACGGAUAAAUAGAUAUAAAUAAGCUACUACAGUCAAUUUUGUAACCGCGUUUUGGAAACAAUACAGUUAAGUCGUGUGGUAGGUAGAUCUAUUUUUGGCGGUAAAGUAUAAGAAUGUUAACAAUUUAGAAAAUAGUCAGGAACUGAAUUCUGUAAAAAAAAAAUUGUUGACCGUUUUUCUCAAUUCGUUGUCUUGGGCAUAUUACAAAGGAUAUCGAGAUUUGUAACUUUAAUGUGGAAGACAUGAAGUACAUUCCUUUUAUUAAGUACAAUUUAAAACUUGCAUAAUAUUCAUAAAGUACAGGAAGAUAUCAUUUUUUUAAAUGUUUCAUAUAGUUUUGUAUUUAUUUUAUUAUGUAUACUCAUAUUACAUAAUUAUUUUUCUUGUAUCUUGUAGUCGUCAUAAUAUAAAAGUGUAGUACAUACAUGUAUUUUUGUACGUUUUUUAAAUGUGUAAUAAACAUUUGUACAACGUU